UCAUACGCUUAAUCCAUCUAAAAUUAAUUUAUCUUGUAUCGCAUUGCAAUAUUUGAAUGUUUUAAAGUUAUAUUUCCAAGCUGAGAGACGCCUGCAUUGUUUAACAUCCCCAUGACUUGAUAGCGGUCUAACUAUACCCAAAUAGAGGACUUCGAUAAGACAUUUUUGACAUAUAAAAGAGCGCAUUUUACUACCCAUGUUAUGAUAAAAUGUCGAUGGCGUUUUCUUCGGUGCGUCCCAGGAAUAAAGCAGAGUUGACACAGCAAGCGAUCCAGAAGAUGCUGGAUGAAAACCAUCAUUUGAUACAAUGUAUCAUGGAUUACCAAAGUAAAGGCAAGGUGGCUGAAUGCACACAAUAUCAACAGAUACUGCACAGAAAUCUGGUUUACCUGGCGACAAUAGCAGAUUCCAAUCAGAAUAUGCAGUCCUUACUACCUGCUCCUCCCACUUCAAAUAUGUCCAUGGGCCCUGCAGGAAUGAGUGGGGGACACGCACAAGGCAAUCUUAAUGACAACAUGGGACAAUCAGCAAUGAUGCAGGGUCAAAUGAGCAAUGGCCAAAGUCACGCCCCCAUGCAGCACAAGUCUGGUCAUGUGCACCCGAAUUUUCCUUCCGCUUCCCUCAAUCUGCCUGUCAGCAACUACAAUAGUUUGGCCUUAGCCUCCAGCUACAACCUUGCUGUGCCCUCAUCUCAGGGCAACAUGAUUCUUGCGCCUGGCUACGGCUCUUCCUUUUUUUUCUCCCACAGCAAUCUCAACAUGCAGUCCAGCCAAGGUGAACCAGUCUCCCUGCUACAUCAACAAACUACAACAGCACAUUACUCCUCAGCACAGCCUGGAAGCCAACAGUAUCAGGGCAUGAUGGUUCAAGGCAAUCAAGGAAGCAGUAUGUCCCAGAAGUCCAUGGGAUCUUACCGCUCUUCACAACAAGGAUCUGCACAGCAGUACUUGGGACAGAACGAAUUCUACGGAGAGCAGUAUGGACACACUCAGAGCUCCAGCGAGCCCAUAAACCAGCAGUAUUACCCUGAUGGUCAUGGUGAAUACUCAUAUCAGCAGCCAUCAUACGGUGAGCAGAGCUACGAGAGAUCCUUGGAUGAGUCUUCACAGCAUUACUACGAAGGAGGAAACCCGCAGUUCAGUCAGCAGCAGUCUAAAUAUCAGCAGGCUUCUGGUCAGCAGCCUUUCAGCCAGCAGCAGUACUCUUCUCAGCAAGGCUAUAGUGGGCAGCCACAGGGAUACGGACCUGGCCAGGGUGGAUCCUCAGAGUAUUCUCAAUAUCAACAAUGUCAAAGCCAACAGUACGGGUCUUACCGCUCUUCCCAAGGAGGACUAGGAUCACAGACGCAGAGGCCCUUUAACUAUGAACAGCAGAGGGGAGGAGCUCCUCUCCCUCUGGAUGAGAGCUAGACUUGAUGUCCAAAUCAGUACAUCCAGCUCGCCUUGACGUCAUCUUGUAGCAACUGCCAAACCCUGCGAAAAAGAAGCAUCCAAAACCGUGUGCAAGAUAAUGCCUAUAUUGCAUGAACUUUAUGAUUUAAUGCUUCGACAUUGUUUAACACAAGUAUUCAACUUUGUAACAACAUGCAUAAGUCAGAAAAUACUAAUUUAAUCGUAGGUCUCAUUUAACUACAUGGGAGAAUAGGGCCCAUCAAGUAUAACCACAUACUGUAGAAUUUGAUACAGACUGAAUGACCAUGUUGACUCAGAGUAAGUGGGACAGUAUCUAAACUCACUAAACUCAUCUUCGUUGACAUUUUUCAUAUUACAGGGUCAGUUCGGAAGUUAUCAACAAUAAGAUACACUUUGGUUUCCUGAUCGAUGGAUGGAAGUAAGAAGGCAGCUCCAGUCGGAGUUUGGUUGAAAAGUGACAUCUGAUACAUUUCAUUUAAUAAGUUUAAUUAUUUUUCAUUAUUUUAUUUGGUGUUGUUUUAUGUAUAUGACAAAAAACAGUACUGUUUUCUGUGCUAAUCGGCUCUAGCAACCCCUGGAACCUUUCUAUUUGGGUUUCUUAAAAUAAAUGUAUUUUUGUUUUACUGUUUAUCCGUCCAGGACGAUGCAGUGCACAUUAUUGCAUAUAUUUAACACAGGCAAUGCCAAAAUAUCAUGUGUACAAGUGUUGAAUAUAAGGUUUGUAGCCAAUCAACUAAUUUGCAUGUUUUCAGGUCACUUUGUGUUUUUUUAUUUCGUAUAGCAAAUCAUUCCAAAACUUAGGCCAUAUCCUUAAAAAAUGACUGGCCAAAUUUAAAUAAUUUAGUAAACUGAAUUGAAUUUAUUAGACACUAUGAGCAAUUUGUUUCAUUGUUGCUUUUUCUGCUCUGUAAUUGCCUUUGUACUUGCCUUUACCUUUUACCACUGCAUUUAUUUAUUUUUCUUUAGGAAUAAUUUUUAUUUUCUUCUAAAGAGUCUUUAAAAACAAAGGGACGUCAGCAGUCAAAUGUAUUUCUCACUGAUAAAAACUGAUUG